GGGACUGCCACAGCACGUCACUUGGACAGCACUGGUCAAUUUGCCUUCUGUAGCCGUGCGCGUAAAAUCCAGCGCCCGAGACGCGCGCAAAUUGCCUCAGCACUCAAAUUCGACUCGAGGAGUGCCAGCCCGCUCGCCGCGCGGCGCACGAAACAACGCAGGAGUAUUACGCCAUCGCCGCGCGCGCGCAAAAUACAGACGACGCCAUCGCCGCGCAAAAUACAGACGCGCGCCAUCGCCGCGCCACCGUGCCACCGCACACACGCGAGCCGCCGCCCGCAGGCCGUCCACGAUGCUCUGGGUCGACAAGCACCGGCCGACGGCCUUGGAGAAGUUGAGCUACCAUGCGGAGCUCGGCGAGCGGUUGGGUUCUAUGGCCGAGGACGGGGACAUUCCUCAUCUGUUGUUUUACGGGCCGUCGGGCGCGGGCAAGAAGACGCGCGUCCAAUGUUUGCUGAAGGCUUUAUAUGGUGCCGGUGCCGAGAAGCAGCGCCUCGAACAUAGGGAGUUCAAAACGCCGACGAACAAAACGAUCGAGGUCACUACCGUAGCUUCGAACUACCACAUCGAGAUGAACCCUUCGGACGCGGGCAACAACGACCGCUUCGUCGUGCAGGAGGUCAUCAAGGAGAUCGCGCAGUCCGGUUCGGUGCUCGCCAAGACGGGCGCGCAGAAGAAGGGCCCCGCGUUCAAGGUUAUUCUGAUGGUGGAAGUGGACCGGCUCUCGAGACAAGCGCAGGCCGGCUUAAGGAGGACCAUGGAGAAAUCGUCGUCGGCUUGUAGACUCGUGAUGAUCUGCACGAACCCUUCCAAAGUUAUUGAUCCUAUAAGAUCGAGAUGCCUGGGCAUUCGCAUCGCGGCUCCCUCCGAGGAGGAGAUCGUAGGUGUCUUACACGAGGUCUGCGAGAAGGAGCGCCUCACGUUGCCCGACGAGCUCGCCGCGCGCAUCGCCAAGUCCUCGGGCCGGAACCUGAGAAGGGCGAUUCUAGCCUUAGAGGAGUGCAAGGUGGCCCAAUACCCAUUCAAUCCAUCAAUGCCGGUGCCCCAGCCCGACUGGGAGGUCUACAUCAAGGCCAUCGCCCAGGAUAUAUGUAGGGAGCAGUCGCCGGCGCGCCUCGUCGCGACGCGCGACAAGUUGUAUGAGUUAUUGGCCAAGUGCAUCCCCGCGGACGUCAUCCUCAAGGAGCUCUGCGCGGAGCUCGUCUCGAAAUUAGAUGACGAGCUCAAGCCCCAGGUCAUGGCCUGCGCGGCCUUCUACGAGCACCGCGUCCAGCAGGGCUCCAAGGAGAUCUUCCACCUCGAGGCCUUCGUGGCCAAGUUCAUGGUGAUCUACAAGAAGUUCAUGGACGCGAUGUUCGCGUAGUCGUGGCGCUUCGGGUAAAUUAUGUUUCGCUU